CGAUGCACACCCUCUUGAAUCUUCCUUACACAAACCAGGUCAUAUCUGAGACACUUCGGAUGUAUCCGCCACUUGUCACGCUCAUUGCGCGAGGAGCGGACGAGGAUUUUCAAUGUGGCAAGUACCUCAUCAAGAAAGGCAUGUCGAUUAUGUCGCCCACUUACCAACUGCACUAUGACCCUCAGUACUGGACCAACCCAGAAAAGUUCGACCCCGAAAGGUUCCGCCCGGAAAACAAGCACCUUGUCAACCCCAUCGCCUACCAACCCUACGGUCUCGGUUUGCGCAUGUGCAUCGGCCACCGCCUUGCACUGGUCGAGCUUCCUUCGGUCACUGCUCAAGUCUUGCGGCAUUUUCGCAUCACUCUGGGACCCAGUCAGGCGCCCGAAUUGGAGCUGGAUACUUACGCAGUUCUCUCAGUGCCUAAGGAAAAGGUAUGGGUGGAAAUACACAAGCUAAACAAAGUGAAAUAAAUGUUGCACUUCGUAUGGCGAGAAUAAAAGGAUCUAUGAUUUC